UAUUCCGACGUGUUAGCCAAUGCAAUAUCAAUGCCUAUGCUGAAUUCUUUCCCCGCUGCCGCCUCUCUUCACGUCGUUAAUCAAUCUCCUGCAGAGACGCUCACAAAAGUAUUCCGCUUUGAAUUGUCAAGCCUCCCCUCAGUCAGGCGUGGUCACGUCGCUCGGGAGCGCGCCUUGUCUGAGCUUGGCCGACUCGAUUCGAGAGAGAGAAAGGGACAAGCAACCCUUUCCACAUACACAUAGACCUACAAUACUCACUGCAAAAUAAAAAUACUUCCGGGGUGCUUUUGUAUUCUGAGGCUACACCUCCUGGUCCUAGACUCUCCGACUAUCAGAAACAUCUUCUCCACAUCAAUAUUUGAUGCCAUACCUAACUACAUUGAGGUAGUGAAAGACAAACAACGCAGAACAUGAUGGCUGCCAUACGCAAAAAACUCGUAAUAGUUGGUGAUGGUGCUUGUGGGAAGACAUGUCUACUAAUCGUCUUCAGUAAAGAUCAGUUCCCUGAGGUGUAUGUUCCAACAGUUUUUGAAAAUUAUGUGGCAGAUAUCGAAGUGGAUGGAAAGCAGGUUGAACUGGCUCUCUGGGAUACAGCAGGACAGGAAGAUUAUGAUCGACUUAGGCCUCUUUCCUAUCCAGAUACAGAUGUUAUUCUAAUGUGUUUUUCAAUUGAUAGCCCUGACAGUUUAGAAAACAUUCCAGAAAAAUGGACUCCAGAAGUGAAGCAUUUUUGUCCUAGUGUGCCUAUUAUCCUUGUUGGCAACAAAAAAGAUCUGAGGAAUGAUGAGCACACACGAAGAGAACUGGCAAAAAUGAAACAGGAACCCGUGAAACCUGAGGAAGGUAAAGAGAUGGUCACCAAGAUCUGUGCAUAUGGCUACAUGGAAUGUUCAGCAAAAACUAAAGAUGGUGUGAGAGAAGUUUUUGAAAUGGCCACACGGGCUGCCCUGCAAGCUAAGCGCCCAAGGCAUAAGGCGUUUUGCAGCGUUCUAUAAGACAAAUGCAAGACAAGUGCAUCAGACCAUAUAUUUACAGUCACUCGAUUUAAAAAAAAAUCUUGAAUUGAUGUUUGUUAAAUCUAGUACAAUAGUGUCUUGAUUAUACUGGCCUCUCAUUUUAUCUAUAUACUGUUCCUGACAUCUCAGUUUGCUACCAAUAUUUAAAAGCCAACAACGGUUGUUUUUUUUUCUAGUUAAGUGGUGUACUGAUGUUUAACUAUGGUCAUUUUUACAAUAUGCAUGUAUUCAUCUAAACUUUGGUUAAACGUUACUAUAGCUUUUUAACUUAUCUACUUUACAUAAUUAACAGGUGCAGCCUUACUGGUAGGUAAAAAACCACACUCAAUCAGCUUGUAUUUCUUGACACAGAUCUGAACUAAGAAAUUAGUUUGCCAACACUGUUUAUAGAUGUAGCUUGAUUCAACUUUUGUACAAUUGGAUUUCUUAAUGCUAAUACUGUAAUUGAAAUUUUUAAAUGUAUUGGGUAAAAAAUAAUGCAAAUUGAAUUCCUUUAUGUAAAAGCUUGGUGAUCUCUGAAACAGAUGAUUGAUUUAAGCCAAAUUUGGCCUGUGUACGAUGUAGACAUUUGUGAGGGUGGGGAAGGGGGGGCAUUGGGUUGAUGUUCAGAGACACGAAUUCUGUGUCUGUACCAGGGUACUUGUGUCCUUACUGAUUAAAAAUGAGGUCCUGUUUGGCUUGUAAAACAGAGCUAGGCAGCCCUUCAAUAAAUGAAUGUAUGUGGUCAUCAGCACCAUCCAUUCAAUGCCUUCUAUUUAUCAUAUGUUGGUAUAUGCAGUGCUUGCCUUUUAUGCUUUUGUUUAACAUUAAAGAUAUUUUUGAGGUGCUGAAUGUGCCUCACUUGCAGUCCCCAGUUCCCUAGGUUUUUUGCCUGUGUCAGUAAAUAGUUACCAGCAAUACUAAUAGCAAAAUAAAAGUCAGUUUUUUUUAA